UAUAAUCCUUGUCGUUAUUUCUUUGGAACAAAUCUGCAUGCGCCACUUGUUAUGCUUACGACCAAUAGGAUUUAACUAAAUAGUUUACGUUUAAACUUUAACACUAAGGUAGCUGGAUGCAGUUCAUACAUACAGUUUAUGGUCUUGUUUAUUAGCCGACGCUCUCAGAAGUUCAACGAAUGCCAUGCGGAUUCCCAUCGAAAAGUAUUGUUUUACAGAGGGAAAUCAGAGAGUGGCUCCUCUGACACUGGAAGUAAAGUAUCUCUCUGUGUAAUACUUAUAUGCUAUUUUUCAUUUCAAUCUACUUCAUGGAGGAAUGUGCAUGCUCUGUUCCAUAAUCGAUUGACGUGGGGACCUCCGGGGGCUGGCAGAGAAAACCUGGAUGACUGGAGAGUUGGCACUACGCUGAGCCUCGCAGUACAGUAAACCCAGACUCGUGCUUUUGUUUAUAGAGUUUCACCUGAACAACGUUUUGGAUGCAUAUUGCAACAAUGUUGCGACUGGCCUGUAAACAAAUAAAGCGGGCGUGCGGUAGGCCCAACUUCUGUUUCCGAAAACUCAAGUAGUCCUGGAUAAAUUGAAUACGAUUUUUGUCAAAAGAAUAACCAGCGCCAGGUGAACGUUCACAAAGUAACUGUUCCGGCACCCGAAUUGCUGCACUCUUUUGUUUUAAGUUUGUUAUAGUAGGCCUAGAUGGAGUUUUGGCUGACUCAUUUUAGUCUUGCCGUUUUAUUAUUUUUAGGCCUAAUUACUAUCAACAAAAUAAUACAUGUUUUAAAUUUGUGAGUUGCUGUUAAAAUGGUAGAAAAUCGGUGCUCCGUUCAAAGGGAAGGGGUCUACCACUGGUUCUCGAUAUUGAACUCGGCCCAGAGAGCUGAGUUCCUUUGUGGGCUUUUGGACCUCUGUGUUCCAAUCGAACUACGCUUCCUCGGGUCAUGCUUGGAAGACUUAGCCCGCAAGGACUAUCACUCCCUCAGGGACGCCGAGAUCAAAGCCAACAACCCUGCUGACCUCUCGAACCUUACCAACAUCACGGACGACGUCGUGAGGAGCAAGCUGCUCAUCUCCCUCGCACUUCUCAACUCGGACAACCGAGAUGCGGCGGGUGUUCUCUUCCGAACGCUCACGCACAUCGACAGCGUCAUCAACAACUAUGGCCUGCAGCUCAACGAUGGACGAACGGGGGAGCAGUUCCUUCUCCUCUUCACCAUGGCAUCCAAUCAUCCGGCGUUCAGCUUUCACCAGAAACAGGUGCUAAGACAGGAGCUGACCCAGAUCCAGGAGAUCCUGCAGGUCACCUGUGGAGAGCAGCAGGCCGGGACUGGAGGCUGCGGUGGGACUGGCGCGCUGGCCACCCUGUCUCCCGCCACUAGCAUCCCUACCUACAUCACUGCGCCCACCCUCAACUCCAGUCAGGCUGGGUGUCCAUGUUGUCAUAAGACACCGCACCGAGAGGACGGGGCAGGGCGAGUGGACGAGGGGAUUGGUCCAGAACCCAUGCCUCACAUGACAUCUCUCUCAUGCAAGGAGCUGCCAGUCAAGGUGCAUGUUGGGAAACCGAGCAAAGGACAGGACAUCCCGGUGACAGUAAGGGUCAAGGUUCUCUCCAACAACGUCACACACUAG